AUGUUAAAUUGUAGUUGUAAAUCCUCUUCAGUUUAAAUGACAGAAGAGUAAAAAAAAGAAUUGAGAUGGAAAAAAGAGAUAGAUUUGCUUGAAUAUUACAGUAUCCAUUCACAUUAUCAAUUUAGAAAUUAAAAUUGGAUUAAAUUGCUUCUUAUAUGAUUAUGAAGUUGAAUAUCAAGGAAAAUAGUAUUAGAUUCACACAUUUUGUGGAGGAGAAUCUGAUAAGGUUCAAUUUCAUCAUAAUUUUAUAGGAAAUUGUUUUGAUGUUACACGGUUAUGGAGGAUCGAAUGUUCACUAUUGUAGGAUUUACGAACAAUUAAUCAGAAAAUUCCGAAUCUAUUCGAUUGACUUGCCAGGCAUGGGAUACUCAAGUAAAUCAGAUAUUCUAAUGGAAUCAUAUGAAGAUGCAAUAGAAUUCUUUAUGGGAACAAUAUCAAAAUUUAUUGAGAAUAUUAAUAGAGAAUAAAAAAUAAUUUUAAUUGGCCAUUCAUUUGGUGGAUUUUUGGCAGCUCAUUUAUUCACAAGAAUGCCCCAUUUAUUCUCAAGGCUCUUUUUAUUAAGUCCUGCAGGAGGUACCUAUUAUGAUGAUAGUGAAAUCAAGUAUAAAAUCAAUUAAUUUAGAAAAUUGUAAGAUACAUCAAAAUAUCCAUUUCUAUAAAGAAUUUUUUUCAAUUAUGCUUACAAAAAAUGGAGUGAACAAAUUACACCUUAAUAAUUAAAAGACAAGUGGUAUGGAAAUUAUUUCAUCAAAAAAUAUCUCAAAAAAAGAAUGUCUUUAUAAGGAAGAGAAUAUGAGGUAUGGCAAUCUUAUGUAGAUGAAAUGUUAGCUUUACCUGAUGGUUCAGAGAAAGCACUAUUUUUAUUAUUGUAAUUCCCAAGAGUAAUUGCAAGAGGAUGGGAUUCUAUAGAAUAUAUUUUAACAAAACAUUCUAAAUAUACUGCAGAAGUUCCUAUUUAUUUUUAUUUUGGUGAUCAAGAUUGGAUGGAUAAAAAAGGAGCAUAUAAUCUAGCAAAGAAUAACAAUAAUAUUAAGAUUAGAAUAAUUGAAAAUGCUGGUCAUUAACUUAAUUUUGAAAAUCCUAAAGGAGUUUAUGAAUAAUUGUUUAUAGAUAUAAAUGAUUCUUCAUGUAGGAGAGAACAACAAAUAAUGUUAUCAUGA